AUGAAAGGAUUUGAAACUCUAUUCACAUUUCUGGCACUGAGUGUAGCAAAUGUGGCUUUAGCAUUUGAGGCUUCCCCACCAAACCCUUCGAACAUUAAUGUUCCAAAUAUUUAUGAGCGUGAUGAUGGAACUAUGUGUUUUGCAACAGUUCCUGAGGUCCUUGACUGUCAGAAUCUUUGUAAGGCCUUGUACAGUUACUACGCCAAUUACUAUUCUGAAUACUGCCAUAUGUUUGAAAUAUUUAAGACUCUAAGUGCUGCUUGUGCAUCCUGUGGGAAGCUGUAUCCAGGUACAGGUGCUGAGUCUCUUUCCAAAAGUGCCACAACUCUUAUUAAAAGUUGUGGUGAUGUUCCUGAGAUUCUUCCAUGCACAGAAGGACAGGUUCCUGCAACUCUUCCUGGAAGCCUUCCUGAAUUAACUGACACAGACUCUUGCACAAUUGCAUCAACAAUUAGUGAUUGUGUUAGUGCAUGUUUCUAUUCAGCUUACAAACUAAAUCAUGAAACCUGUGAUAUUUUUCUCACCUCUAGUAAAACAGAUACAAACUCAGCAUUUUGUUUACUUGCUUCCUGCCUUAGUUGUUCUAAGUCUUAUAAUUUCAUGACUUAUCCAAUGACAAAUGAUUUUGGACAAUUGUUUCCAUGUCUCAUGUUUCCUGAAGAAUCUUCUUCUGUUGCCCCAAUUGAAACGGACAGUUCUGUAGAAACUGUCAAUUGUUUUGAAUCAGUUCCUAGUGAAGAUGAUUGUAAAUCUCUUUGCAAUUCUCUUUACAAUGCUUUUUCAAAUUUUUAUUCUGACCGCUGCACUUUAUCCAAAACUUAUGAACGCCUAACUUCUCUUUGUAAAACUUGUGGCCAGGUUUAUCCCAAUGGUGACGCCUUUUUCUGGUCUGAUACUACACUCUAUCUCAUUAGAAAGUGUGACGUUAUUCCUGCUGUUUCAGUCUGUUCAGAAAAUGAGGUUGCCAUUAAACCACCAGCCUCACUUCCUGUUCUGAGUGACACCGAUGCUUGCAAGGUUGUAGAUACUGUUUCAGACUGUGUCAAUGUCUGCUUUAACGUUGGUGACACUCUAAACAGUGCCUCUUGUGACACUUUUGUUGACUCUGCAAAAGACAAAUCAACUACACCAUACUGUUCUCUGUCUACCUGUUUGACUUGUGUCAGCAAGUUUUCUUUUAUGGUUAAUGCAGUUGAGUUUGAUAUUGCUGAAUCUCUUUCUUGUCUUGAAAAUAUAGCCCAAGAAUCUUCUACAGUUGAAGUGUUUACUACCGAACCUUUUGCAACUGAAUCAACAUCAUUUACUGAAUUUCAAACUGAAUCAGCAUCGGAAACUAACACAUCCCCUAAAGACGUUAAUUGUUUUGAGAGUUUUCCUACUGAAGAUGAGUGUUACACUCUUUGUAAUGCUCUUUAUUCUGCAUACUCUACCUACUAUUCCGAACGCUGCAACCUCUUUAACACAUACAAAAACCUGAACACUCUUUGCAAAACUUGUGGUAAUGCUUAUCCAGAUGGUGAUGCAUACUUUUGGUCUGAUGUUACUUUAAGUUUGGUCAAAACUUGCGGUACCGUCCCUUCUAUUUCUCAGUGUUCCAAUGAUCAAACCCCUUCUCCUGCUUUUGCAAAACUUCCAGAUCUAGAAGAUACCAAUGCUUGCACUGUUCGAAAUUAUAUCGAUGAUUGUGUUAAUGCCUGUUUUAAGGUUGGAGACAUUCUUCAGAGUGGUUCUUGCAAUACAUUUCUUGAUUCAGGGAAAGAUAAUUCCAAUACUCCCUACUGCUCUCUUUCAACUUGUUUGACUUGCGUCAAGUCAUUUCCUUUUUUGGUUUAUCCAUUUGAGUUAGAUCUUGGCAAUACCCUUUCUUGUCUCGUCAGUGUACCUACAGAGUCAUCAUCUUCUGAAGCAUCAUUUUCUUCUGAAAUACUAUCUUCUUCUGAGGAAUCAUCAUUUGAAAUUUUUUCUUCUACUGUACCUGUUUUUGAAUCUUUUUCUUUAAAUUUUCCGGAUGUGUCUGCUUCUCAAACAAAUGUUCCAGAAAACGUCGAAUGUUUCGAAUCACUUCCAAAUGAAGAUGAAUGUUAUACUUUGUGUAAUGGUCUGUACUCUGCUUAUUCGACUUAUUACUCGGAUCGCUGUGUUCUUUCCAAUACUUACAAGAGCUUGACUGCUCUUUGUGAUGCUUGUGGUAAAGAAUAUCCGGAUGGCGAUGCAUACUUUUGGUCAGAUGUCACCUUGAGUUUAGUCAAAAAUUGCAACAAUGUCCCCACUAUAUCUAAAUGUGCUAGUGGUCAAACGGCUGUGGCCCCUACUGCCAAAUUUCCUGAGCUUAGUGAUACUGACGCUUGUACUGUUCGCAACUAUAUUGAUGACUGUGUCAACAUUUGUUUCAAAGUUGGUGACAUUUUUCACAGUGGUUCAUGUACUACAUUUCUUGAUUCCGGAAAAGAUAAUGCCAAUACCCCCUAUUGUUCUCUUUCUACUUGCUUAACUUGUAUAAAAGCAUUCCCAUUUUUGGUCUAUCCAGUAGAAUUUGAUAUUGCUGAAUCUCUUUCUUGUCUUACAAAAGUUGAUGAAUCCUCCUUAGUUCAAGCAUCUUCUACUCAAUUUUUAUCGGAGGUUUCAUCUGUGGAAUUUUUGGCUGAAUCAGUUUCUGAAACUUUUUCAAGUAUUUCUGUUUCUGAAUCCUUUGUGAGUGUAGACUCGUCAACAGUAUCUUUGGUGGAAUCUGCAUUUUCCGUUUCUGAAAAAUCUUCAAGUGAGAUAGCUACCGAAUCUUCUUUAGUUAUACUUGACUCAAGCCAGCUUUCAGAUCAAUCUUCCUAUGGUAUUUCGUCCAGUGAAAUUUACGAUGACAUUUCCUCUACUGAGACUUCCUCAAAAGAACUUUCGUUGACUGCACUGGUCUCAGAAUAUUCAUCAGAAUUUUCUGCUGAUUCUUCUGAAUCUUCUUCUGAAUCUUCUUUAGAGUUCUCUUUUGAAUCUUCAUUUGAAUCUUCCUUUGAGUCCUCUUCAAAAUUUUCUUCAGAAUUUUCUUCCGAGUCUUAUUCUGAGACUUCCUCUGAAUUUUCUUUUGAACCUUCUAAAAGUUUAUUUUCAGACUUUUCCUCAGAAUUAUCUUUUGAAUCAUUGUUACAAUCAUCUGGAGAACUUCUGAAUGAAUCUUCUACUGAAUUUUCUGCUGAUUCUUUUGUGUCUUCUUUUGAAUCUUCUGAAUCUUCUGAAUCUUCUGAAUCUUUUGAAUUUUGUGAAUUUUGUGAAUCUUGUGAAUCUUGUGAAUCUUGUGAAUCUUGUGAAUCUUGUGAAUCUUGUGAAUCUUGUGAAUCUUGUGAAUCUUUUUGUGAAUCUUCUGGAUCUUCUUCUGAAUCUACUCUUGAAUUUUCUUCUGAAUCUUCUUCUGAAUUUUAUUCCGAGUCCUAUUCUCAGACUUCCUCUGAAUUUUCUUUUGAACCUUCUAAAAGUUUAUUUUUAGAAUUUUCCUCAGAAUCAUCUAAUGAAUCUUCUACUGAAUCAUCUACUGAAUCUUCUCUAGAAAUUUCAGUGGAAACAUCUGCUGAAACUUCCUCAAGAAUUUCCGAGAACUCACUUUCUGACGAUUCACCUCACUCAUACGAUGAAUCUUCGGCAUACUCUUUGGAUUACUCUAACUCUGAUUUUUCAUAUAAAUCCUCAUCUGAAUCUUCAAGAGACUUUUAUGCAGAUUCUUCUUCAAAAACUUCUGCUCAAAUUUAUUCUGAUUUUUCAUCCGAGUCUGCUGAAUAUUUAACCAAAUCUUCAUUUGAUUCUAUUUCUGUAUCUUUUACGGAAUCUAUUGUAUCUACAUCUUUAUUAUCCAUCUCUGAGGAAACGCCAUCUUCCGUUGAAUUAUUUACAGAUUCUUCUGCUACUGCUACUGCUUCUACUUCUAUCAUUUAUUCAAGUGAAUCAUUUGCUGAUUCUUCUAUUGUUGAAUAUGUUUCAAUGUCCACCCAUGAAUCAGCCACUGACUUAUCAAAAUCUGAAUCAGUUUCAAUUCUUAUUUUAGAAUCAUUUACAGAAUCUAUCUCAGAAAUUUCUGUUACUUUUGGCACUGACUUCUCACAACUAUUUUCUGAACCUUCUAAUGUCAUCUGGUCUGAAUCGACUAUUGAUAAAAUUUCUUUCACAUCUUAUAGUGAGCUUAUUACCGACUUCCCAAUUGAAUCUUCAUUUACACUUUCUGUUCAAUCUUCUAUUGAGCUAAUUUCCGAAACAAAUACUGUGUCUUUAGCUGAUCCUACUAGUGAACCCUCUGUUGAGUCUAGUUCACUUCAGUUGUCUUCGGUUACAAUGGUUUCUACAUCUAUUAUUGAGUCUUAUAUUGAAUCUUCUAUUGGGUCUGUUUCUGAGUCGUUUAGCAACCUUUGGCCAAUGACUAGUGCUUCAAUCUCUGUUACAGAAUCCUCCUCGUUAAGCAUUGUUGAAGAGUCUUCUGUUUCCUAUACUUGCAUUCUUCCCAUGAUGGAAAGACGAGAUGUUAACUUAAUGUAUUGUCAAAACGCUUGUGGUGUUUUAUUUGAAGGUCUCAGAAAUGAAGGUUUUAACUGCAAUAUUUUGCAAUUAUACCAAAAUGAGUAUUCUAUCUGUCAUACUUGCCAAUCAGUUUAUCCUGAAGUUAUUAUUUUUGAAACUUCGUUUGUGGACUUGUACAAGUCUUGUGAUGUUGAUGUUAUUGUUUUUUGUCCUGCUGAAACUUCUACUAGCAACUUAUACCCUAUAUCUGCAACAGGUUCUGAAAGUCAUCUGGCGUCAAGUUUGAGUGAUUUUGAGUCUAUUUCUGAAAGCCAGUUAAAGAAUAUUUCUACCCAAUUAGCAAUUGAAAGCACAUCACAACUAUUUUCUAGUAGUUCUACUGAUUAUGCUAUUGAAAGCCAAGAAGAAUCUUUGAAAUCAAUUGCUGCUACUGUAACUGAGUUUGUUACUGAUAGUCAAGUAGUAUCUUUGGAACCAACCUCUACAGUUACAGAAACUUUUGAGUGUCAUCAAUGUGUUACAAAAACAGUUACAACAACCACUACUACAACAUUUACCACCACUUCUGACACUUCUACCAUUACUGUGACCGAGCCUUGUGAGACCUCUUAUACGGUUAUUAUUUCGCCUCUCCCCACAGCUGGCUCUACUACCAUUACUAUUGCCAAAACGUCAGCAAUCACUGAGCUUACCACAGUUACCAAAAAAUGCAGCCAGUGCGUCACAACAACAAUCACUUCAACGGGAGUGACAACAGUGACUAAGAAACUUGACUCCAGCACUAUGACGGUUGUCAAACCUUGUGAGACGACGGUCACAGCCAUUGUAUCUCCAUUACCAUCUGAUGGAUUCACAACCAUGAAGUUCACUGAGACUGAUGAGAAAGUUGAGAUCAAGACAAUUGUAUCUACCAGAUACACAACGUAUUUGUCAGCUGUUUUUGGAACAAGUACAACCACUAUUACAGACCCUUGUGAGACAGUAACAUAUACAACAAUUGAAUCCAGUUCAGAUUCUAAAAAACAGAAAACAGUGAUUAAGACGUCUUCUGGAUACACAACAUUUACAAGUGUUUCUGGGACACGGACAAAAAUUAUUGUUGAGCCUUAUGAGACGAUAGAUACUGAAGUUGUUUCUUCUUUGGGAUCAGGAGCAUUUACCACAAUUAUAGAAGAUGAGAAGGAUGUUACUACCACGUAUAUUUCUAGUGGGCAUAGUACCAUUACAACAGUUUCUGGGGGCCAAGUUGUCACUUUCACAGAGCCAUGUGAAAGUACUAUUACUUCAAUCAUUCCCAAGAAUUUAGUUACUACAGCUAAUUCCCAGAAUAUUAAAACUACGGCAUAUGUUUCUUCAGGAUCUACUACCUUCACUACUGUUAUUAAUGGCCAGACUACUACUGUUACAGAGCCUUGUGAAUCUACCAUAACUUUGACAGUUUCAAAAUUUUUAAUUACUACACCCGAGACUAAAAAGCCAGUUUCUUCUACUUUUGUUUCAACAGGUUAUUCGACAAUCACCACUGUUUCUGAAGAAAGAGAUAUUACAAUCACUGAGCCGUAUGAAAUUAAAAUCACCUCUGGUGUUUCUUCCAAGUCUUAUCCUCUUGGAAAAUCUCUUGAACUACCAGUUACUUCUAUAGCGACUACCGUUAUUUCAUCUGGUUUUACAACAUUUACCACAGUUUCUGGAGAUGAGAUUGUAACAAUUACUGAGCCCUGUGAAACCACAAUAACAUCUGUUGUUUUGAAAACUGAGGCUACUAUUGAUGUUAGUGAAGAAUCGACAUCUAUUUUAAGCACUAUGACCGAAUUCUGCAAUUCUUGUACUGAAUCUCAGCAUACAGUUGUCAAAACUGUUGAUUCUGUGAUGACAUCAGUAGUAAUAAUGUCAAGUGUGGUUACGGUUGCGCCUAGUGCUUUAUCUUCCACUCAUGGUGUUCCUGAAAAGCCAUUAUUAACUGUUACUAGUCAAAAUGUUUUAAGUCAUACUACUGAAUCUUCAUUAGUUCAAGUGAGUGCUGCUUCUUCAAGUGAGUCUUUAGAGCAGAUCAAUGGUAGUUCUAAAUCUUCAAGAAUGCCAGGGCUUUUGAGCAUUUUAUUUUCAUUAUUAUUUUCUGUUUUGUUUUCAUUGAUUUAA